CGGGUCCCUUCAUUCCUGCGGGAGGAUCCCGAGCCCCCCCCUUGGUUGUUCCAGGGGGUUUUUGGGAUGGUGACGGGACUGUCCCGCUUUCCCAGGGUUGUCCAGCGGGCGAUGGAUCCGUGGGAGGAGCCGGAGCCGGAGCAGACGGUGCUUUUCAGGGAUAACGGGGAAGAGGAGGAGGAGGAGGAGGAGGAGGAGGAGGAUCCCUACGACCCCCUCGGGAUGCAGAGAACCCCGAGCGACCCGGAGAUUGACCCGGAGAUUGUGGAGCUCGACGCCGCCCCCCUCCCCCCGUCCAUCCCCGAUCCCGACGAGGAUUCCCGGGAAACCCUGCGCUGGACGGUGGUGCAGCAGAUCGAGCCCGGCUCCCCCUCCGCCCCCGGCGCCAAAUCCGGUGGCUGCUCCUCGUCCUCCUCCUCGGCCUUCCCCAACCUGCGCAGCAUCAUCGUCCUGCAGAAGAGCUACGAGUGCCGCGAGUGCGGGAAGAGCUUCAGCUGCAGCUCCCACUUCCACAAGCACCGGCGGACGCACACGGGGGAGCGCCCGUUCCGCUGCCGCCACUGCGGCAAGACCUUCAACGUCAGCUCCAACCUCUACCGGCACCAGCGCGCCCACGGCGCUGGCCCGGACACGACACCGACGGCGGCUCCGAGGGCACGCGGCCUCCCCUACGAGUGCCAGGAGUGCGGGAAGAGCUUCAACGUCAGCUCCAACCUCUCGCGGCACCGGCGCGCCCACGCCGCCGGCUCGGCGGUACCGACACCGACACCGAGGGCGCGCGGCCUCCCCUACGAGUGCCAGGAGUGCGGGAAGAGCUUCCGGCGCAACAAGGAGCUGGUGACGCACCAGCGGCUGCACACGGGGCGGCUGCCCUUCCAGUGCGGCCACUGCGGGAAGGGCUUCUCCUGGAGCUCCCACUGGGAGCGGCACCAGCGCGUGCACACCGGCGAGAAGCCCUACCAGUGCCCCGAGUGCGGCAAGAGCUUCAGCCGCAGCUCCCACCUCUACCGGCACCAGCGCGGCCACGCCGGCGGCCGCUCCUACAUCUGCACCUACUGCGGGCGCAGCUUCGGCAGCACCCUGCACUUCGAGCGGCACCAGCGCACCCACACGGGGCAGCGGCCCUACAAGUGCACCCUGUGCCGCAAGAGCUUCGGCGACGCGCCCGCGCUGGUCAAGCACCAGCGCCUGCACCUGGACGGGCCCUUCCGCUGCGAGGAGUGCGGCAAAGCCUUCGGCGCCCGCGCCCAGUACGCGCGGCACCGGCGCAACCUCCACGGCGCCAGCGGCGGCACCGGUGCUGGGGGCGGCGGCGCGGGCGCGGCGGAGAAGCCGUACCGGUGCGGGGACUGCGGGAAGAGCUUCUCGUGGAGCUCCCACUGGGAGAGGCACCAGCGGAUCCACACCGGGGAGAGGCCGUACCAGUGCGGGGACUGCGGGAAGCGCUUCGGUCGCACGUCCCACCUGUAUCGGCACCAGCGGACCCACGCCGGCGGCCAGCCCCACGUGUGCGCCGAGUGCGGCAAGAGCUUCAACAGCACCCUCCACUUCCACAAGCACCAGCGCGCCCACGCCGGGCCCCGGCACGGCUGCGCCGACUGCGGGAAGGCCUUCGCCGACGGCUCGGCGCUGGCCAAGCACCGGCGGGUCCACGGGGGAGGAGGACCCGAGAAGCCCCACCGGUGCGGGGACUGCGGGAAGGGCUUCAGUCGUGGCUCCAACCUGGCCCAGCACCGGCGCAUCCACACGGGGGAGCGGCCGCACCGCUGCGGCGACUGCGGCAAGGGCUUCAUCCAGCGCUCCGACCUGGAGCGGCACCGGCGCGUCCACACCGGGGAGCGGCCGUACCCCUGCGGGGACUGCGGGAAGCGCUUCAGCGUCAGUUCCCACCUGGACCGGCACCGCCGGACUCACGCUGGGGGCCCCGGGCCGCCCUCCCAGCCCCGCCCGCGGCCACGCCCGGCGCCGCCCGAAGCGCCGGCAGCGGCUCCUCCUCAUCGCUGCGGGGAGUGCGGGAAGAGCUUCGCCCAGCGCUCGGCCCUGGCCAAGCACCGCAAGACGCACAGCGGGGAGAGGCCCCACCGGUGCGGGGACUGCGGCAAGAGCUUCAGCCGCGGCUCCAACCUCACCCAGCACCGGCGCAUCCACACCGGCGAACGGCCCUUCGCCUGCGGCGACUGCGGCAAAGGCUUCAUCCAGCGCUCCGACCUGGAGCGGCACCAGCGCGUCCACACCGGCGAGCGACCCUACACGUGCGGGGAGUGCGGCAAGAGCUUCAGCGUCAGCUCCCACCUGGACCGGCACCAGAAGAUCCACGCGGCGCAGAGGGCGUCCUGCCGCUGCCCCGAGCACCUCACGGGCUUCCUGGCCGCCCACCGGCACGGUCGCCUCUUCCAGUGCGCCCAGUGCAGGCGCUGCUUCAGCCAGGGUGCCGCCCUGCUCAAGCACCAGCGCGCCCACGGCGCCCACGGCGCCCACGGCGCGGUGGCGCAGCCCCAGAAGUGCCCGGACUGCGGGAAGAGCCGCGGCUGCCGAGGGCAGCGAUGCCCGGACUGCGGGGGGGAGGAGGCGGGUCCUGGUGUGGCACCGGCGGAGGUGCCGGAGAAGCCCUACAAGUGUGGGGAGUGCGGGAAGGGCUUCGGGCAGCGCUCGGCGCUGGUGAAGCACCGGCGCAUCCACACCGGCGAGAAGCCCUACCAGUGCGGGGAGUGCGGCAAGGGCUUCAUCCAGAAGUCCGACCUCACCAUCCACCGGCGGAUGCACACCGGGGAGAAGCCCUACAAGUGUGGGGAGUGCGGGAAGUGCUUCAGCGUCUCCUCCAACCUCAUCACCCACCAGCGCACCCACCUGGGCGAGAAGCCCUACCAGUGCUCCGAGUGCGGCAAGAGCUUCAUCCAGCGCUCCGAGCUCACCAUCCACCAGCGCGUGCACACCGGCGAGAAGCCCUACAAGUGCUCGGAGUGCGGGAAGUGCUUCAGCCGCAGCUCCCACCUCAACCGGCACCAGCGAACCCACGGCGGGGACAAGCCCAAGGCGGUGGCAGCCACCGGUGGCACCGCCGUGGCCUCCGAGAUGCCGCCGCCGGCGCCGGGCUCCGGGGCCUUCCCCGGCGCCGCCUUCCCGGCCCCGGUGGCCUCGCUGGGGUCGUUCCCGGCGUCGCCCUCGGCGCUGCCUGUGCCGGCGCUCUCCGGCCCGGCCCUGGAGCUGCCCUGGGCGCUCUCGUUCCCCGGCCGCGCCUUCGCCCACCCGUCGUUCGCCCCGGCCCCGCCCGCGGGCGCCCAGACCCCCUCACUCAUCAACUGAGGCUCCGCCCACCCACCCAGUGCUCCCAGUGCUCCCAGUUACCUCCCGGUGCUCCCAGUGCCCAACUGGGAUGGGUUGGAUGCACAGACCCAACCUUGGGUCUCGUUGACCCAUCAUUGGAG